GCUUGUGAGUUCGACAUCCUGGCCAACGAUCUGGCUCUGCAAAGACACGAAUCAUUCAUCCCUGACACUGAUUUUACGAGUGGAAUGGCAUCCAGUGGUUUCGUACGCAUUGUAUCUAUGUCCCUAGUCAUGGGAGCUGCGUCCUUUGGGGCUGGCCUCAUACCACUAUCAUCAUCAAUGACUAAGAGUCACUUGGCGAAGUUGUCUACCUUGAGUACUGGAUUACUCAUUGGUGCUGCCCUUGGCGUCAUCAUUCCCGAAGGAGUGGCAAGCACGAUCGCUGGUGACCCUGAACCGGAUUCAUAUUCUUACAAGAUCGCGACAUGCAUACUUUUGGGCUUCGCAUCCAUGUUCCUUGUGGAGGAGUACAUUUCCCCACACGCUCGAUCGCUAAUACCUCUGGAAACUCGCGACGAAGUAGAAGAAGUCAACUUUGAUAUCACGCUCGACGAGCUUGAGCGCGAGGAGGGUAUGAUAGCACCCGGUUCACAUGCGUCUUCCUGGCAAAUGUUGCGAAAUACACGUUCCUCAAGCGUGCAACGCGCAUACCCACUAUCAUUAGGGCUCAUGGUGCAUGCUUUAGUUGAUGGAUACGCGCUAGGCGUAUCGUCUCUUGACACGCGAUCGGGUGCCGUAUCUUUUGUUGUUUUCUUGGCUAUCAUAAUACAUAAGGCACCCACAGCAUUAGCUCUGACAUCUUCUCUCUUGGCAACGUCUCUCCCUCCUUCAGAGUGCAAGAGACACUUGCUAUUUUUCAGUCUCGCCACGCCAGUUAGUGCCAUCCUCUCGUAUAUAUUGUACACGCACACCGGCGAUGGAAAUAACCUGUGGCUCGGAACACCCUUACUAUUUAGCGGUGGCACCUUUCUCUAUGUGGCUACAGUUCUACAGUCUCCCUCGGAACACGCACCUUCAUCCACCCAAGACAACAUCAGCAAAACAUCACGGACGCUUCUGCUGCUAUCGGGAAUGUUUUUCCCAUUUGUAAUUAGCACAAUGCUGGGUCACGGUCAUUAAUACUAUUACCAGCUGCGGGUCUAAGAUAAAUUUAAAGAAUAGAUGGACACGUAGGACCAAAUGCCUAGACGCGGAAUUUAUAGGGUUUAC